AUCUGCAUCCGUCAUCAGUUUUUCUCGAUUUUUUUUCACCUCCUCCACUUGUCUGACUUCCAGCUAAAGUUUAUCUUCGCUCCUCUUUCUCCUUCUCUCUUUCACUAGCUUUUCUGUUGUUUUUUGCGUUGAUAAAACUUUUAAAAAACAAGGCCCACGUGGUUGGCUUACGGUCUCGUGCUCCCCCGGUAUGUAAGGAUGUAAAGAAAAUUUGAGUUGAUUGUUUAAAUGGGAGGAAGCAUGUAGUUCUUCUAUGGAAAAAAAAACCACACAGAUCUAAUUGUGAGAACGAAUGAAUGAAUGAAUUGAUCGUAAAGAUAGAGAGGAUUGUUAGAGGAAGAAGAAAACCAAAACUGUAGUAUCGGCAAGAAGAUCUUGAUAUUGAAGUAGCUUUUAUGGCCUAAUAAUCUCAUAGGUUUAUCCGCAGCCUACAAAGCAAAUCUAGAGUUAGAUUAUAGACUCGCAUGUAAGUCAAGCCUCCACUGCUGGUGGUAGCCUCAUAUCUAGCCCUAAUUGGUAGUUCGUUUAGUGCUUUUUCCAAACCAAUUCACCACCAUAGCAGUUACGGCAGGCGGCAGACUACGAACGGCUAAGGAGGACCAGCUCUUGGAGUCGGAUUUGACUACUACUACUAGACAUCUGGGGCACUGCUUAUAGUUGUUAUACACCGGCAUGGCGUUACUCUUGUUUUUCCACUCUCCACCUGUAUUUUGCUAACUACUUUCGCAGUAUUUAGAGGAGUUUCUUUACCUUUUUUCAAAAUAGGACGACCUGCCCUUUGAGUUUCCUGUUUUCCGAGGCAGUCUCCUGACACCUCGCUUGACAGUAGUCGCCCCCUACAGUGACGAAAGGACGUGGAUUCGUUCUCACUCCAGUAGGCGCGACAGUUGUGACACGGCCACGAAAGCUCCUGUCAGGAGCCGCCGAAGUCGACCACUGAAUUGAAAGGCAUUGGCUUGUGUCUUCUUUAAAACAACGAAACUGAUUACAAUCUAUUUCGUGUCUUGUCUAAGAAAGUAGUCGUGAGGUUAUAAUUGCUUUGUUGAAAUAGUGCGGAUAAUACGUACUUACGGCUACGGGAUGCCUCUAGUGAGUCUCUUUCUACGAGCAAGACCUUUCUAGUUAGCACAACAGUCACUAACUUACGAAAGUAGAUCUGUUGUAUAAUAGUUAAAGCCAUUCAAAAUUUUCAGUUUGCUGGGAUCACUUCCAAGAGUAGUAAUAUUUGACUUCAACAUGUAUAAUCAUUGGGCGCACUCGACGGGCGUGAUUCCGCGUUCACGCUUUGUCGAUACUUCACCGAAGUCUUCCGCUUUUCCUGUUCUUCCUCCUACUCCUGCUCCACCGCCCACGCAGAGUCGUCGAGCUGCCAGGAGCGGCUUGCGACAUUCCAACCCGGCGGGCCUAGCAGCUGGCUGGCUACCGUACACCCCUGCUGCCUACCGCAGCAGCACCUCCCCGACCGAUCAGCGCGAUCAUUCCCCAGUUCCCGGAGGCGGUGGCGGAGCAGGAGAGCUAGGCGAUAAAGCUGCACCAGGUUCAAGCAGAGAUGGCGCCCAAGCGCAAUCUGUGAGAUGCGGGCACGGUGGUAGCAGUUUGUUUCUCGAAGAAGGUUCUAUGCCACGACCGGCGGCGACAGGUAGUCAAAGCAGUAGAGGCCCAGAAAAACGUCAUGAGCUACAUGUUGGAGAAGUGGAUAACCUAUCUGGAAAUACUACAUGGGUAGACCGAGGAAGUAUGCUUCUACGUCCUGAACAUCUAGCGCAACAACCACAGGGACGCCAGCUGCUAGAUGAUGAACUUCAAAACGUACAACUACAACACGAAGAGGAUCAUCGCGCUCCUUCCCAUCGUCGUAUAGAUAUUAGUUACCAUCAACCUCGUGCCGUACUAAGUGCCUCUGGUGUAGGCAUCGCUGGCGCUCAUCAUCGAAAUCUUCAUAACAGCUCUGACGUCUAUGGUUAUUCUGAUCCCUACUCUACUGGCGGCCCAGCUUCUGCACCCCUACUCUACUGGCUGGCGACAACAAGUGCCGGGGCGAGAGGACUCCAAGGCGUUCACGGUGUACCUCCCGGUGGUGCACUCGGACCGCUUGCCGGAGUGAGUCCCUUCGAUCAUGGAUACGGAGCAUCCGCAUUUCCUACGCCUGCAUUUGCCGCAGCUUGUUCUUCCGCGUCACAUCAGAACGUGCUGAGCUAUCCUGAUGUUAACAAUUACAACGCGGAGACUUAUCUUGGUUCAGGAGCGAUCGAAGGAGCAGAAGAUUGGACAGCAGGGCUGGCCUACACCCAGCACCUGCAGGAAUGCAACUACACUUCUGCGAAUGGACUCGGAGGCGCGUUCUACAACAACAGAGCCGCUGAGCAAGUUACUCAGCCUCUAGAUCUUGAUACAGCUCGCCAUCCAGAUCAACAUGGCAGCGGCAAAGCACCCCUUGGUCCGACAUUUUCGGGGACUACAACUGCAAGAAGGCACUACUUCGACAGUGUUCGUCCAUCUUCCAGCAUUCCUACAACAACUUAUAACACUACCAAUCAGAAACAGAAGAGCUACACGAACGCAGCUUCAAUGGCGGACGGCAUGAAUAUCAAUGCGAGUUAUGCGGUGAGCGUGGGCCAUGCGAACAGCAUGGACGUGAAUGCACACAGCGAAACUACCUUAUAA